AGAUGGCUGCGCCCUUGCAGAAGUGCUGAAGAAGUGCCUCUCCGGAGCAAUUCUCGGGAUUGUGUGAGAUUUCCACGAAAACCGGCGCACCAAAUAAGCUAGCAGGGUCGCUGGUUUGUAGAAGAAGUUCAUACGACCCCAGUCAUCGGUAAUUGUGGUCGGUGCUUCGUGUGGCUGUGGCAGACUGUCCGUGUGAAGAUGGGCCUCGUCUCCAGCCCCUUCCCAUAGCGAAGAGCCGUGGGGAGAGGAGCCGCAGAUUCCCAUGCAAACACGCACCCGUCCAACUUGGAUUUGACGGGUUUGACAUACUAUACAGGCUUUGGACGCUGCCCUACAAUUUUCUGACCAGGAUUGUUUGUGCGACUGUAUCUGUCAUCGUCCGGAGACGGAGAGGUUCAUCAGCCAGGGUUGAUAAUCCCACCGCACCAAGAGCCCUGAUGAAAAUGGACUCAGAUCUGCUUCAUUCACCGGCCGUGGGCCUCGCAGAGGAAGAGGAGGCUGACAUGAAUGACUGGAAACUUCCCCUGGCCUUCAUGAAGAAAAGGCACUCAGAAAAGAUUGAGGGCUCCAAGGCCUUGGCACAGAGCUGGAGGAUGAAGGACAGGAUGAAGACUGUGAGUGUAGCACUGGUGUUGUGUCUCAAUGUGGGAGUGGACCCCCCAGACGUGGUCAAAACCUCCCCCUGUGCCAGACUGGAGUGCUGGAUAGAUCCUCUGUCGAUGAGCCCUCAGAAAGCCCUGGAGACCAUCGGAGCCAACUUGCAGAAGCAAUAUGAAAACUGGCAACCAAGAGCACGUUACAAACAAAGUUUGGACCCCACGGUGGAUGAGGUGAAGAAGCUGUGCACAUCACUUAGACGUAAUGCCAAAGAGGAGCGGGUCCUCUUCCACUACAAUGGCCACGGUGUGCCACGGCCCACAGUCAAUGGAGAGAUCUGGGUCUUUAACAAGAAUUACACCCAGUACAUCCCGCUGUCUAUCUACGACCUGCAGACGUGGAUGGGGAGCCCAUCCAUCUUUGUCUACGACUGCUCAAAUGCAGGAAUCAUCGUCAAGUCGUUUAAACAGUUUGCCCUGCAGAGAGAGCAGGAGCUGGAGGUGGCAGCUAUCAACCCCAGCCACCCGCUUGCCCAGAUGCCUCUGCCUCCCUCCAUGAAGAACUGCAUCCAGCUGGCUGCCUGUGAGGCCAGCGAGCUGCUGCCCAUGAACCCUGACCUCCCAGCUGACCUGUUUACCUCCUGCCUCACUACGCCCAUCAAGAUCGCCCUCAGAUGGUUUUGUAUGCAGAAGAGUGCCAAGCUGGUGCCAGGGGUGACUUUAGACCUCAUUGAGAAGAUCCCUGGAAGGCUCAACGACAGACGCACCCCCCUCGGAGAGCUCAACUGGAUCUUCACAGCAAUCACAGACACCAUCGCCUGGAAUGUUCUGCCUAGAGAUCUGUUCCAGAAAUUAUUUCGGCAGGACCUGCUGGUCGCCAGCUUGUUCCGUAAUUUCCUCCUAGCAGAGAGGAUAAUGAGGUCGUACAACUGCACGCCGGUCAGCAGUCCCCGCCUGCCCCCUACAUAUAUGCACGCCAUGUGGCAAGCUUGGGACUUGGCCGUGGACAUCUGCCUCUCUCAGCUACCCACCAUCAUCGAGGAGGGCACAGCCUUUAGACACAGCCCUUUCUUUGCGGAGCAGCUGACAGCGUUUCAGGUGUGGUUGACGAUGGGCGUGGAGAACAGAAACCCUCCUGAGCAGCUCCCAAUCGUACUACAGGUCCUGCUCAGUCAGGUGCAUCGGCUACGCGCUCUAGACCUGCUCGGACGGUUUCUGGAUCUGGGUCCCUGGGCUGUCAGUCUGGCCCUGUCAGUAGGGAUCUUCCCCUAUGUGCUAAAGCUGCUCCAGAGUUCAGCCAGAGAGCUGCGACCACUGCUGGUCUUCAUCUGGGCUAAAAUCCUCGCCGUGGACAGUGAGCUGGUCGUAGCUCUGAGCCACUUGGUUGUGCAGUACGAGAGCAACUUCUGCACAGUUGCUCUCCAGUUUAUAGAGGAAGAAAAGAACUACUCAGUGCCGUCACCAGCCAACACUGCAGAGCCUGGCAACCUGACUCCAGUGAGGGACAGCCCGGCCAUCCCACGCCUGAGAUCAGUCAACUCCUACACCAACAUCCGAGCGGCCACCACUGCCCGCCUGAACAAGAGUCUGCAGAACCUAAACCUCAACGAAGAGGGUGGACCACCAGCCUUCUCUCCUGGUAACCUGAGCACCAGCAGCAGCGCCAGCAGCACCCUAGGGAGCCCAGACAACGACGAGUACAUCCUCUCCUUUGAGACCAUUGACAAAAUGAGACGGGUGUCAUCAUACUCUUCACUCAACUCCCUCAUAGGUGUGUCCUUCAACAGUGUGUACACUCAGAUCUGGAGAGUGCUUCUACAUCUCGCCGCAGACCCUUUCCCUGAAGUAUCAGAUCUGGCCAUGAAGGUCCUCAACAGCAUAGCAUACAAGGCAACGAUGAACGCUCGACCUCAGAGGAUCCUGGACUCUGGAUCUCUCACCCAGUCGGCCCCAGCCAGCCCCACCAGCAAGGGCACGCACAUCCACCAGGCUGGCGGCUCUCCUCCCAUGCCCAGUACCAGCAGCUCCAGUCUUACCAAUGAGGUGCCCAAACCCCCUGCCAGGGAGCAGCCAGCCACACGGCCUCCCUACACCCCCACACUCGGAGGACAGGCACCUCACUCGCACCAGUUUCCCCGCACUCGCAAAAUGUUUGACAAGGGACCUGAGCAGGCGGGUGAAGACGGAGACGAGCCGGGUGGUCACAGGAACUACAUUAGCGCUGCGUUGCAGACGGGUCUGUGUGAUUGGAGUGCCAAGUACUUUGCUCAGCCAGUCAUGAAGAUCCCAGAGGAGCAUGACCUGGAGAGUCAGGUGAGGAUGGAGCGGCAGUGGAGGUUUCUGAGGAACACUCGAGUGAGAAGGCAGAGCCGAUGCAUCACACAAAGAGGUGUUUCCCGUCUGGAUGAUCAAAUAUUCAUAAACCGCAACCCUGGAGUCCCGUCUGUUGUAAAAUUCCACCCUUUCAACACCUGCAUCGCUGUGGCUGACAAGGACAGCAUUUGCUUCUGGGAUUGGGAGAAAGGCGAAAGGCUGGACUACUUCUACAAUGGGAACCCUCGUUACACUCGCAUUACAGCCAUGGAAUACCUGAACGGGCAUGACUGUUCAUUACUACUCACUGCAACAGAUGACGGAGCGUUACGUAUCUGGAAGAACUUUGCUGACCAGAAGAACCCAGAGAUGGUGACAGCAUGGCAGGGGCUCUCCGACAUGCUGCCCACCACCAGAGGUGCAGGCAUGGUUGUUGACUGGGAGCAGGAGACCGGCCUCCUCAUGACGUCUGGAGACGUCCGGGUCAUCAGGAUCUGGGACACUGACAGGGAGAUGAAGGUCCAGGACAUCCCGACAGGAGCAGACAGCUGUGUGACUAGCCUGUCCUGUGAUUCCCAGCGCUCACUCAUCGUUGCUGGUCUGGGUGAUGGAUCUGUGCGGGUCUUUGACAGGAGGAUGGGCCCGAAUGAAUGUCGGGUGAUGACCUACAGAGAGCACGGAGCCUGGGUGGUCAAAGCUCACCUACAGAAGGAGACAGACGGCCAUAUUAUCAGUGUCAGUGUUAAUGGAGACGUUCGAUUCUUUGAACCUCGGACACCAGACUCCAUCAACGUGCUGCAGACAGUGAAGGGUCUCACGGCGCUGGACAUCCAUCCACAGGCCAACCUGUUCGCCUGUGGAUCGAUGAACCAGUUCAUAGCAGUCUACAACUCUAAUGGCGAUGUGAUCAGCAACAUAAAGUACUAUGACGGCUUCAUGGGACAAAGGAUCGGGGCUAUCAGCUGUUUAGCCUUCCAUCCUUACUGGCCCCACUUGGCGGUAGGCAGCAACGACUACUACAUGUCUAUCUAUUCGGCUGAGAAGAGGCUCAGAUAACACACCAGCAUUCAUCACCUCCUCCCCUCUCCAACCUCCCAAACAAAACCACCACAUAUGACUUCUGACCCUGAGCGGAGAGCCCAGGGGUGUAAAUGACGUUUUUAUUGUACAUAUGCAAUUACCACCCUGAAUGUUCUAGUGAUGGCUGCUGACAAACUCAUGCUAGGAACGAUGAAAUAUAUUAUUAUUAUUAUUAUCAUUGUUUAUUCAUAUUCUUAUUAUAAAGCUAAUGAUUGUAGACUUGGCUGUGCUGAGGAGUGUGUAUAUUUAAAUAGCAUAUACAGAGGAAUAGAGGUUUCUAUUUUAAAGUUGUGGUACCCACAAAUCACUGGGGCUCCUCCUCGCCGCCUAGUGCGCAUCCACUACCUGUACGAACUGUGACCCCAGCGAACCCAAAAGUGGACAGCACACACUGUUAAACACUUUCACUGGUGCAAGAAAUGUGGAUUCACCCUCUGCCGGACCACGGUGUGUUCGUGAAUUUAUUUUAAUGGUCAGGAAGAGGACUCGGAGUUCUGCAGCUUUGCAGCAUUAGGGUUCAUAAGGGCACGCUGAGAGAUGCUGGACUGUGCUCAUUCUGUGCUCGUUCUUAACUGACACAGCGACCAGGAAGAUGUGAACAGUGUUUGUUUGUGUGCGUGUGUUUUGAAAUGGAUUAUAGCACAGAAGGGCCCACAGUGGGCCCUCAUAGCCUUGGACUUGAUGCCCCAAAAAGAUGCCUGCUCCCAUGAUAGCACUCUUUCCUUCUUGCUUCCUGACCCCAGUGUGCCAAACAUAAUCAUACUUUCACCUCCUCUGUGGUGGCUCAGAUGUUAUUUUCUCUGUUUAUUUUUUUUUUAACUAAUGACCUGUAAAAAGGGAAACCCUCAACCCUGGGAUGAAAUACACCAAAAUAUCACCAUGAGAGGACGGAUAGACCUGUGAGAGCUACACACUGAGUCCUACAGAGCACCUGUGAUACCCGCCUUCCUGCUCUGCAAAGCAAUAAAAACCCUUCCUUUGUUUCAGUUGAACGCUCCUCCCAGAUGUUGCAGAUGGAAAAGAGAUCUGCAGUUUGACUGAGACAGCUGAAGACUGCUGUAUUUGCCCAGAACUUGACCUGCAGCACCAAGUGCCACACUAUAGCAAUACAAACACACUCCUCUCCAUCAUCGGUUGGGACUCUUCUGAGUUCCCUUUGAAGUUACCUAUGAGUGUGCUUCCCCUCUUUUUACUCACAAGGACAGGACAGUUAUCAUUUACCAUAAAGCUUUAAAUAAAAGCCCAUCCUAGAAAGCUCAGCCCAGCCCCUUUAAUUAGCUUAGUAACACUACAUGUUUUUACAAAUAAAGGCAGGUCUUGAUUAGAGGCCCCUCUGCAUUCAGUUUUGAAACAGUACAGAUCAGAAUUGGGAGAAAAGUAGUAAGACACAAAUUAAAGAUUAACUUUAUUCUGUUAAAGACAGAAUAAUGCACCAGCUUUGCUUUCUUACAAAGCCAGAUAAAAUUAGUCCUUUCUGAUUUAAGUUGUUUAUCAGUAUCCUCAUUUUCAAUGCAGCUUAAAACUCUUCUGUUGUAAAUUUACACUUCAUAGUCUUUCCCGUCUUGGCUGUCCAGAGGUUUUGUUUGAAAAUUAUCAAAGGCCUGUCUUAUAUUGAUGCCUGUCCCAAAUAUAGGAAGGUUAAUUUAAUAGACUGGAGUUAAUAAAAGCCUGGGCUAGUUUUAGAAGUCAAUGAUUAAUGUAUUUUCCUGUGAUUGUAUUAUCAGCUAAUCACAGUUAAAUCACAAGAUUUAAAACAAACCUACCACUAACUUAUAGAGUUGGUGCAAAAGUCCCAAAAUUUCUGUCUUGAUAAAAGCAAGAGCCUAUCUUUACACCAUGAGGUCAACUUUUCAAGGCACCCUCACAGCACACAGCACUGUAGUUGUAGAAAACGUUUAGGUUACAUGUAUCAUCACACUUACCACCAUUUUUUGAUGAAUUUUCCGCAUUUUCCUUUUUUUUUUUUUUUUUGUUGCCCCGUCUGAUUUUAUUGCCAGACUUGUUUUGAUUCUUUAGUAGGAAGUUUGCAGCAUACAGUUAGUGUCAUGUAAAUGAAAAGCUUGUGAACUGUGACUCCAGUACCUGAUUUUGCUUUCUAUGUUGAGUUUAGUGAGUCAUGCUUGGUGCUACAUGUGCAAAACUGGAAUAACUUUCAUUCUCUCCUGUCAGUACAUUCACAUGCAGUCAACAAAAGUCAAAUUGUCGCAUUUGUAAAACUAAAACUGGACUUUUAAAGGCAUCUAUGGAUGUUUGUCCAACAGCAAUUGUACUUAAUCAAAUUUAUUUAAGUCAGAGCACACCUAGAUAAUACGGUAGGACAUCGAUUUAUUCUUGUAUGUACAUGCCUCAGACAAACCCAAACUGGACUAGGCCUUCUGCUGCUGCUUUGACCUUGAAGUCCAUCAGCAUAAAGCUGAGCCUAGCACAAGUCACAGUCAACUGUCUUUAGAUUUCACCAUAAGCUACGGGGACAACUAACAUCCUCUUUGUAAUGGAUGAAAAGAAAGAACAAAACACCUUUUGGUCAACCUUAGCUAGGUCCAGUAAUAACUAGCAGAAAGAGGGCUUAUCUCCACCCUGUGUAGCACAGUUGGACAUACUUCUGUUAAUAAAAUUGGUUUCCUGCUGAUGCAGGGUCAAGCACAUUAGUCCAGUUAAAUAUAAUUAAGCUAUAGCUAUCUUGAGAGAUGUCUGGCUGCAGACCCUACAUCUCUGACAGCCACUCUCACAGACUUGUCAUCUUUGGUCCCAUCUAUUUCAGAAAGGAAUUACACACUUAAACUUUUGUCAUAAAAUCUGAUUCAAAUUUUAAGUUAUAGGGUAAAAACCUGGCCUGCACAACCUGAUUACAAAAUGUUAAGUAAAGCUGACUUAAUAGUCUGCUGAUAUGAAAAAAAUCCUCAACCUCCAUGAAAACACUAACGCAGCAAGAGUAGCUUACGUAGCUCUUUUAGCUGCAUAAGCUAUGUAGAAAACAUAGCUAAUGUAGCUUUGCAGCGGUUGCAGCUAUAGCUAAGUUCACAAAGCAUUUUCUUAAGUUAUGUAGGUACAUUAGCUUUAGCUACAUUUGCGUAAGCUCAUGUUGCUAAAGCUAACUUAGUUACACUGGCUUAUGUAGUUGCAUAACUAGCAUAGCUAUGUUAGCUAAAGCUAAUGAAGAUAGAUUGAGCCAACAUGUGUGUAACUACUUCUAAAAUGGGUCCAUACAUAAUUUAAUCCCAGUUAUAUCCCUGAUUUUUUCUCCUGUUUAUUUAUGAAAUGUUGCUUUGUCUGCAGUGUUUGCAAUGUGGUGAUUUCAUGAAUUAAUUUGCCAGACUUUGAUUAUGUAUACUUUGUAUUAUGGAAGAACUUGUACCGGAAAAUUACGGCAAUUCCAUUCUGAAAUAGAAACCGUCUGUGUCCAUGUAAGAAAAUUUUCAGUCAAAAAAUCAGAUAUAUUAUGCAGAAAAAUGAAAGUGCUUUCUUUUUCCUCCAGACAGUCUCAGUCUCUGACCAGCUGUUUGUGCACAGAGCCACGGAGAUUUCAAGCUAUUCAAAUGAAAAAAACGUUGCAUUAUAGGUGUUCUUGGAUUUUGAAAAUAUCAUGAGUUUAUAAUGUAAAAUGACUAACAAUAUGAAUUUAAAUCAGUCAUAGAGUGGAAUACUAAAGUUAAAAUAUAGCAUUGAGUUAUGUAAAUACUUAGUUCUUUCAGCUCAGGUUCCAACUCUAACAAAUGGCACAUUAGCUUAUCAUGUCAUGCCCAGUCGAAGAAGCUCCAUAGAACACCAACACUCAGUCAGGAAGGGAACUCUCGAUGGGGAGUGAUGCAGACUGCAUGUGAGCCCCUAUCCUCUGAUUUCAAAGUAAUGUGACUAAGUCCCACUCCUGACAGCAACAGCUCUCUGGGCUCACAGUUUACACACCAACAUCAUCAGUUAACCUGCGCACCAGUUUCUCCCCUCUCUCUUUCAGCCCAUUGAUUCUCCACUGGCAGCUUUUCCUCCAUGUACUCUGGAUCAUGAACUUAUCCCCUUAUGUCCACAGUAAAGGCAUGUCAUUGUCACUUGAGUCAAAAUCACUCAUUUUUAGUUUGUUGUCUCUUUUGAAAGCUGCAGAACCAAACAGCUGAUCAGUGCUGAGGCAGACGAACCUAUUGCUAUAAAUUGGAUUGCAAAAUAAUGCCAAACUCAAAGGCUUUUAGGAUGAAAAAUGAACUGCAUCAAUUAUUUUUAGCAUGGCGUGCAUUAAAACCAACAUUGAUUCUUGGCCCAUUUUUCAGCUAAAAAGUUGUGGGGUGACUGAAUUUAUCUGUAGCACUGUAUAGCAUAGCUUCCUUGUGGUACCCUCAGCGCACUCUCCUUAAAGGAGCAAUGCAGACUGAAAUCUUUUGUGGGGAAUAAAUUUAUUAUUACAGAGAACCUUAUUCAAACCAACUUCAAAAAUACUGAAAUGUCCCUUUAACUUUGCAUGUAAAUGUACUGAGAGUCAGUGACAGGUGCAAGCAGUGUCAUUACCUGCUGUGAUGUCACUCGAGGGAUCAUGGGAAAUGUUGACAUAUAUCUUUGUGAUGCUUUUGGGUGAAAAAAAUUCCUUUUCUCUUUUUUGUAUUUCUUUUUUUUUUGUGCAUUCUCACCAUCAAUGUGCCUCUGCUCUGGGGCUGCAGCUUUGCUUGUUUUGUGUUUUAAUCUUUUUCUCCUUCUGUUUUAUAAUUUCAUGUUUUUAAUUGUUCUGGCCUUUUGUUUGCCUUAGCCUCAGUGAAAUGGAAGCAAGUGGGGACAGCCUUACCUUCACAUGCUCUCUCACACAUUCUAAUGCACUUGAGUCUUUUCUGACCCCGUUUUCAUUGCCAAUGUACCCCUUCAUUGACCCCCUCUUUUUUCUGCUGCCUCGCUCCUCUGCUUCAGUCAUCCUCAGCUUUGCAUCCUGCCCCCCCAGUCUGAAGGAGUGACGGACUCAUGGACAGAAAGUGAACUUGGAAAACACCGAACAGUCUGUAGAAGUGGCUGCAGUUGCAGUCCCCACAUUAGUCCCCACAUCACCCUGUUAGUGAGCCUGUCGGCACCCUCUCUGUGGUGAAGCACGAGUUGACUGCUUCACCGCCUCAGCCAAAACACAAGAGUUUGGUGUUGGGGUCAUUUUCUCCAAAUCACGUUCAUCUCUUAGUAUCCUGCUUUGAGUUUUAAGAUUUUAGAUCAGAAGAAUAUGAAGAGACUUUCUCAAAGUAGUAAGAAAGAAAAACAAUCAGGUUUGUCCCUGUGACUGUAGACUGCUCUGCUGACUGUGGUUUAUAAGACAGGAGAUGAAAUCAAUGAAAUAAACCAAAUACAA